AUGUUAGAGGACCAACAUCCUUCAAACUUGAUAACAGUUAAUGGGGUUUUGCAUCCAACAUUUAAGCAGGCAGCAAAACAACGAGGUUUGUUAGAAAGAGAUGACAAUAUUCGACAAUGUUUGCUAGAGGCCUCCACAAUUCAGAUGCCGUCGGCUUUAAGAAGAUUAUUUGUCACCAUAUUGGUAUAUUGUGCACCAAUUGGUGUUCGAGGGUUAUGGGAUGAGUUCUAUCCAUUCAUGAUAGAAGAUUAUGUUUUCAUGACUAAUAUAACUCCCACACUUACUACCAACAGACUCUUGCGUGAGUUGAACAUACUUUUGGUUCAAUUUAAUAAGAGUAUAAAUGAGUUUGAUUUGCCUCAAAUGACAAGAGGAAAUGAAUCAAGUUCAGGAAUGACAAGAUGUAUUGAAGAUGAGAUAUCCAUAGGUAUUCCACAACAAGAUCUUGAUGCAAUUGAAUGCUUAAAUGAUGACCAAAGAAGUGCGUUUAACAUAAUAAUGGGUGCAGUUCAACGAUCAGAGAAUGCAACUUUUUUUGUGGAUGGUCCUGGUGGAACUGGAAAAACUUACUUAUAUUGCGCAUUGUUAGCAAGCUUGAGAAGGUUGGGGCACAUAGUAUUAUCAACAGCAUCAUCUGGAAUAGCAGCUACGAUAUUGCCUAGUGGGAGGACAACACAUUCUAAAUUCAAGAUACCACUUAGUCUCGAUGCAUCAUCGAUGUGUUCGAUUGGUAAGCAAUCUGAUUUAGCAAAGCUAAUACAAAAGGCAAAGGCAAUUAUCUGGGAUGAAGCAACAAUGACGCAUCGUCAUGCAUUUGAAGCACUCGAUCGAACGUUCAGAGACCUAACAGAUAUUGACUUACCAUUUGGGCAGAAAAUAAUGAUAUUUGUGGGAGAUUUUCGACAAGUUCUUCCUGUUAUCCGGAAAGGAACCAAGUCCGAACUAAUCCAAGCAAGUGUUGUUAAGGCAUCAUUUUGGUCACAGGUAAAAAUUUUAAAACUCAAACAAAAUAUAAGAUCCAUAAAUGAUCGUGAAUUGUCAAAAUUUUUACUUCGUGUUGGUGGUGGGAAUGAAGAUGUUAUUAUGGAUGAUAUGGUAAAACUACCUGAAUGCAUGGUGAUACCAUGGGAGAGUGAGCAUUCCAUUAAUCAAUUAAUUGCCAAAAUCUUCCCUGACUUAGAGGAUCAUAUGAAUGAUGCAACCUACAUGGUGGAAAGGGCAGUGGUAACUUCUACAAAUGAAGACGUUGAUCUGUUAAAUGAAAAGAAUCAAUAUGUUUCCAGGUUUAGAAGAGACCAUGUAUUCAUUUGA